AGCUAUUCCACAGAUAAGCUUGACUUCCCUUUUCUCUCUUCUAUACAUUAGAGUUACGGACUCGGAGCUUACUCAGAUUUUUUACUGUCUUCUCAAAUUUCUUCAUCUUGUAGGUUUGGUUCCUGAGAAUCUUGGUGCGUGUUCUAAUUUGGAGUUUCUUGAUAUUUCCAACAAUAAUUUCUCUGAAAGGACUGUUGCCUCUUGUGAACGCGCAAAAGCUACUGACUGGCAAGAUCUUCAAGAUUCAAAUAAAAAAGCUGUUUACAAGAAACAAUGAGGCAGGAAAGUUAAUUAUUUUGUCUUUCAUGGACAAAACUAACUUGGUUAUCUCAGAAAUGCCAGCCACCAUCAAGGAAGCUGGAGAAGGAAGUAAACGAAAAAUUGAACACGUUGCCCCAGAGAAGCAAGAGCAACCACACACAACAACCAAUGGCAACGGUUCCCACAACAAAUGUAAGGCGGAAAUGAAAAUUUCCCCUCCGAAAAACUGCUGAGAGCGCUUUUGCCAGCGAAACAUCUUUUGCUACUAUUUUGGGAUGUAAGUGGAGCCACUUUCUGGAUGCUUCUCUACCAGGAAUAUGUCAUGCUCACACGAGGAAAGCUUUGCUUUGAGUACGACACGGAGCCCUACUAUCAAGCUUUGGAUGUAAAAGUCAAGAACCACGCUUCUGUAGCUGGUGUAGAGAUUUUCUCUCCUGUGAGUCACACCUUCUACAAUCCUGCUGCAUCCUGCAAUGUGCCAACGAUAUUUUUGCUGAAGAAAAAGGACCAAAAAGAAGAACAAAAACCGCAUAUGUAAAUAGUUGUAUCAUACAUGUUGUAACUGCUGUGUUGUAGUAGUUCAAAAUAUAUGUAAAUUAAUUGUGUAUCGCUUAGUAUAAAAUAUUUUGUCAGAACAUGCCCAUGCUCUCUACGA